AUGGCUGGUCAAAAAUUUAGAGUGAUCAUUGGCAGCGAUACUGCUGGCUACGACUAUAAAGAAGCUUUGAAGAAGGACCUUGAGUCCAAUCCAUUGAUUGAGUCUGUCACUGACGUUGGUGUUUUUGGAACAGACAAGGAGGUUGCAUAUCCUUUGGUGGCUAUCGAAGCCGCCGAAAGAAUCGCCAGAGGAGAAGCAGACCGUGGGGUUCUCAUUUGCGGAACUGGCUUGGGAGUUGCUCUGAGCGCAAACAAGGUUCCAGGAAUCAGAGCAGUCACUGCUCACGACUCGUUCAGCGUCGAGCGGUCGAUCUUGUCAAACAACUGCCAGAUCUUGUGUCUCGGCCAAAGAGUCAUCGGACUGCAGCUGGCCAGAAGACUUGUGAAGGAAUGGUUUACAUAUAAUUUCGACGAGUCGAGUGCAUCCGCGGAGAAGGUGGCCACUCUGGUUGACUACGAGAAGAAGACCCUUGGUAAAACCAUAAAAGGGAAUUAA